AUUCUAUUGUGCUUAUUAUUCAUAACUGGAAGUUACUUGACUGAAUCAUAAAUUUCCCGUCGUUUUAAUUGAAAACGUUUACUAUUAAUUUGAUAGAGCAAUGGUUACAAGAGUUAAGGGGGUUCUAAACUAAUUACGUUUACGCAGGUGGUUGUCGCACUUUAGUUUUGUACAUAGGUUUCGGUCCCUGGCCCUCUUUUGAAACUACUCUUAAUAAACAAACUUGGCGAUUUACUGGGACUAGCAUGUUAAAUAUAAACUGAUAGCAGGUAACACCUCCCUGUUGAAGUUGUUGAAUUUCAUUCAUCUUCUUUCACAAUGUGUUUUUAGAUGGCAGUUUCCUAUGCCAUGCUAAAUAUCAAGUUUAGUAAAGAUCAUUAUGUUGCAUAAUCGUAUCACUGUCUCUUUAAUGUAUAGAUUUUGUUAGAAAUAGAUAAUAAUUGUUUCUAUGACAAGAGCUGAUGUAAGGUUUAACCGGUAAUUAGCUAACAUUCAACGGUCAUGUUUUCCAUUGCUGAACGAUGCCAUUUUCUCCCCACUUGCUCCUCGAUCACCACAGCCUGUAAAACGAGUAAACCGGAGUUCCUCAGUUAAGCUUUUUAGCUCCAAUUGCCUGACCACUGGUAUAUUGAAUGCAUAUCAAAAUCCAGACAAACCUCGAUGCACCGAUUUAGAGGGUGGAAUUUAGAGGAUGGAAUCUGUUUUCUUGAAAUUGUUGUUUUCUUGAUUGAAAUAACUUCUACUAAUUUCUAUUAGUUCACAUUGGAAUUUUGGGAGUAUGGUACACAAUCAAAUGAUAAAAUACGUAAUAUAGUGAUUUUGAUGUUUCCUUAUUAUAGUAGUAGAUAUUAUAGAGUGCGCCUUGGUCCAAUUGGUGCUCCACUCCCUCUAAGAUGAUGUCUUAGUAGAGUGGGACAAGAUCUAUCUCGAAGUGCCUGUAUAUUUAUGCCUGGAUGGUGACUAUUCUCUAUAAUCCCACUUCAGGGACAAUAAUGGAGGAGUCAGUACAUCAGUAGUGUACUGUGAAUAUGAUAGUACUAUAAUAUUAAACUCCUGGACAAGAGGAAUAUAUGGCACUAAUAUGUAUCCAUGCAUAAGGACCUGAAGCGUUUAUUUGUUCAAUAUUCAUCCUGUUCAAUAUUCAUCUCUGCCCUUUUAAACUUUUCACCUGUUUCUGAGUCUAUAGCCAUCCAGUAUCUAUUCUAAAGGGCUCAUUACAAUUGCAUUAUAUAAUGGGAGAUCUUUUCAGAAUUGCAGCUUAGCUUCUGAAUGAACUACCCUUGGAGUCUUUUGAAGUGUCUUUUAAAGUGACAUGUACUUUUGAAAGUAAAAUGUCAAACAGUAUUAUAUAUACAAUAAAUUAAAUCAAGUGAUGCAAUUGGCAGAGCACAAUCGUAAAUCCUGAGCAAUACGCCAAUAGAUAUCAUCUAUCCCUCGUAGCUCUUCUCCUCAGGUAUCAGGUUGAAGGAGACAUUGGAUAUAGGGGCGGUCCAUGACAUGUAUUUAAGAACAUUUGUUCAAAACUCAUCCUGUUCAAUAUUCAUCUCUGCCCUUUUAAACGUUUCACCUGUUUCUGAGUCUAGCCAUCCAGUAUCUAUUAUAAAGGGCUCAUUACAAUUGCAUUAUAUGGGAGAUCUUUUCAGAAUUACACCUUCUGAAUGAACUACCCUUGGAGUCUUUUGAAGUGUCUUUUAAUGUGACAUGUAUUUAAGAACAUUAUCUUAGUCUCAAUUUUGGUUACUGAGCAAUGUAUAAAUCUGCCAUGUAAACUCUAUGAUAAUUUCAAUCUAUCAAAUGAUAACAAAGAGUUUGAUGGAUGUUUGUGCUUUGUUGAAAAAUAGCUUUCAAAUUAUCUCACCAUAGAAGUAAGGUUUCUCAAUUUGUAGGCCUACUUACUUGGUGUUAUUCUUUAGAAGUAUCUUUUCUUGCUUUGUGCUUCUGUUGGUAUUUUAUUGAAAGUUUUGAAGAUUCAAUUUUUAGUUUCUUUCAUUUCUUUUGUUCUAGAAUAAUUUGUGAUCUCCCUUAAAGUUUCCACAGUCAGAUAUUGGAUAUGCAAUAUCUGGGAUAGUGUGUGCUUAAUUGUUGUAUCUGUCCAUUUUUAUUACAAAACUUACUGUAAGGGGUGCAGGUGACCCUUUAAAACUAAAUCUAAAUUUGGGCAUUGUUAUUCUAAACAAUGUUAUGUGCACUUAAUCUAGAAAGGAGAAUCAGCGCCUCAUUAUUGGCUUAGAGUCAGAAUUAAAAUAACAUCAAUUUAAUAUUUACAUAUUCUGCACUUAUAAUAGUUGAAUGUUUCAUAAUAUUAUGAGAUGGUUGUCAAGCAGGAAUUCAAUUCUGAAUUAAUUCCUGAUUGUUAUUUGCAAAUAAUAUUAUUUGCGUGUUCCAUCGAAAAAGAUGCAGUUUGUAAUCCGAACUCUUUCACAGUUUGAUGAUCUUCAAUGGCAAAUAUACUGGUGGAUGGUAAUGCUUUUGCCAUUACUCUGUUUUAGCACAACAUUAGUUUUACAAUUUUCGGUUUGCAGUGCAAUAAGAUGUGUUGUACACGAGUAUAAAAGCAACCAUACUGUUAAGCAAUGUGAUUCCAACUACAAAGCUUGUAGUGUCCUCUGGACAGGACCUACAGCUAAAGAGGCUGUUUUAACAUCUCGGGCCUGCUGGAACCAUGCUGAAACUAGACAUCUAGACAACUGCCCUUUUGGGCCAUGCAUCCCACGAAAACUUGAGGUUACAAAUUUAGACGCAGUUGCGUAUUUCUGCUGCUGUCAAGGAGACCUAUGCAAUAAAAUCCCUGGGGAAAUAAAAAUCCCUGAAACCACCGACCCUCCCAUUUAUCCCCGAGUACAGGAUCCAGACCCGCUUGCACGCGCCUGGUGGUACACACCGUGCAUUGCCUUCCUCUCAGCAUUACUGGUCCUUGCUGCGAUCAUCAUCGCUGCUUACGUCUUACUGCAACGGAGGAGAAGACGAAACUCGUAUAUCUACCAGGAUGUCGAAGCUCGUCGACAGAAGCCUCCUAAGAUAGAUUUAACUAAACAACUGUGCGGUACCCACGAUUCAUUUCCUCAUCAGAUGUGGCUAGGGUCGUACCGGCCCCGACACCUAAACAAACACCUCAAACAAACAAACAAUAAUCAUUCCGUGUCUCUGUUGGGCGAAGAAAAUCUGACUGUUCGCGUAUCAGACCAAGCAAGUGCAGUGAGGUGGGCCCGGGAGACUCGGGUCCUGUCCUCAGUAACCCUGACUCACUCCCACGUGGUCAGUGUACUUUGGUGGGGGAAGAAACACAGGAAAUCAUGGCUCGUGUACCGGGAUGUUUACGUCGGCACUCUGACACACGUUUUACAGAACUGUUCCUUAUCUAUUGAGCAGGUUAAAAAGUUGAGCGAGUGUAUAUUCAGCGGUCUGGCGUAUCUUCACUGCACGAUACACGCUGGAGCUCGUAGUAAAAUAGCCCUGGCUCACGGUGACAUGCGUUCAGACAAUAUAUUACUUAAACCCAACUAUAUUCCCGUUCUAGGGAAUCUUCACAAUGCUACGAAAUUGCAGUACAGUAAUUUCGAUAAGUUAUCCACAUCAGUUGAAAGUAUCAGUAAAUUGAUGCCAACAAACCAUUACCUAGCCCCGGAGCUAUUCACCAGGGGUCGCUUUCUAUUCGACAACAGUUACCGACAGAUGGACGUUUACUCUGCUUCACUCGUAGUGUGGCAGAUCAUCAACCGCUGCAUAGACGGUGGAGCACUGCCGUUCAGUCUACCCUACGAGCAAUACGUAGGAUCUCAUCCUACACUGGGGGACAUGUCGGAGAUCGUUCCAGAUACCAGACCUACUCUCCACGCCGUCUGGCUUCAACACCCUGAGCUUAAGAAGUUGUGUUGGUUGGUUCAGCUGGCAUGGAAAGCGGUACCCUCACAGCGUCUCACAGCGCACUGCAUUCACCGGCUCCUGCGCGAUCCUGUUGCGCUGGAUGCGCUCUGCGGCGGACGCACUCAGGACACAUCUUUCUAGGCUCAUUUUUCCGGGGUUACCAUUGGUUCAGAGGGACAUCUUUACUGAUAGGUUACAUUUAGUGCUAGUCCACAGACCUGUAGUUAUAUUUGUUCGGGAUUUUUAACCUUUUUACUACGGAUUCAAGAUCAUUUUUAAUUGAUGUUUCAGGCAAUAUAUUUACUAACAAAGUAUUUAUUGUCAACUAACAGUUUUCCUUGAAUUGCCCGUCAUGUUAAUUAUUACACUGGUAGCUUUAUUAGACGUAUUAUUUAUGAGUAAUUUAUUGGACAUACGAGUAGCAAGUAUUUUAUUAGAGGAAUGGAACGUUUAAUAUCAAAUAUUAGCCCUUGUCUAUAUUUAAGGAUUCCUAAAUUGGUUUUCUAUAUUCCUCGAAAGUAAGCUCGAUAAUAUCAUGUUUGUUUAGUGUCUAGACCUUACCCAGCAACAAAAAAUUAUAUGUAUAUUUACUGCCGGGAAAUUGAAUAAUUGGCAUUCUUGUCAGUUUUAAUUUUUCGUGCAUCCAGUUCUGUGUUGAUCGAUAUAAUAUUGUGCUAUAGUUACAAAUUAUAUAGUGUUUGUAAAAAACAAGUUUAAAAAAU